AUGGAAUAUAUAAAGAUCGCCAAGGUUGAUGAUGUUGUAAUACACAAGAAGGGCGUUUCAGCUAAUGGAACGCUACAUUUGACAACGCACCAUUUGAUAUUUACGUCUGGGUCUCUGACGCGGGAAUUUUGGUUUGCAUACCCCACAAUUGGUGCAGUGUACAAGAACAGAGGAAGCACCCUAAUUUCCAAAUAUAAGAACCAUUCUGACUGCAAAGACCCUCUGUAUGAGGAAAAGGACAUGUGGCAGUUUUGGAACAUCAAGAUUGUGGGCAAAGAUUACACGGUAUUUUCAUUGGAUUUUGAGGACGAGCAUUUGGCGCAGGACGUUUAUGACUCGCUGCUCAAUCUCACGGUUUUGCACGAAGUCACUCAACUGUACGCAUUUAUCUAUACUUCCAACAGAGCUGAGCAACAAUUCAAUAGCUGGAACAUAUAUGAGCCGCUGAAGGAAUUCCAGAGACAGGGACUCGACCUUAACGACAAGGACUGUCGUUGGCGAAUUUCAACCGUCAAUCAGGACUAUAAUUUCUGCAAAACUUAUCCGAAAUUGCUGGUGGUACCAAGCACGAUUUCAGACACCUUGCUAACCCAUUCCAUGAAAUUCAGGUCCCAAAAUCGUAUUCCUGCACUCACAUAUUUCCAUCGAAAAACUUGCACAUCCAUUACACGAUGUGCGCAACCUUUGCCUGGUAUUAUUCAGCAGCGCUCCAUUCAAGAUGAAAAACUCAUAUCGGAGAUUUUCAACUGCUCCUCGACAAGUAAUCGUCAAAGGUCAAGGGCAGUCAAAAACAUUAUCGUGGAUGCUAGGCCAACCACAAAUGCUAUGGCACAAACAGCGCUCGGAGGUGGCACAGAAAAUAUGGACAAUUACAGUUUUGGAGGGACGGCAAGCCGCAUGUUUCUAGGCAUAGACAAUAUUCACGUCAUGAGAGAUGUACUGAAUAACGUUGUUGAUCAUUUUUUGGUCGACAACGAUCUAAAUUUACCUAUUGAUACCCAUGCGCUCAACGAGGGUAAAUCUGGGCAGUGGCUGAAAUACGUAAAGAUGCUUCUUUCAUCGACGGACACACUCGCCAAGUCCAUGCUUUUCAAUGAAUCCAACAUUAUGAUUCACUGCUCAGACGGAUGGGAUCGAACCACACAGGUCUGUUCUUUGGUUCAAAUUUGUCUCGAUCCAUAUUUCCGAACAAUAGAGGGGUUUAUGAUUUUGAUUGAAAAGGAUUGGCUCUCGUUUGGUCACCGCUUCUCCCAGCGGAGCGGUCACUUAAGCUCAGAAAGUUCUUUCCAUGACAACUCAACGAGAAUGAGUCUUUCUGGUGCUGCUUCGAAUAUGACGCAAGGAAUGGAUCUCAACUCGUCCAUUUUUGGCUUCUCGAACAACACAAACAAUUUGAAUGGUAAGUCGGAAGCACCAAGUGGAGAGCUUCUUGAUUUGAAUACCGCUCCCCAGUCGCAUUCGACAGAAAUUGUUAAUAGAGUAUCCAGAAGACUGACAGUCAAGAAAUCAUCCAAGUUCACUUCUCCCGUAUUCCAGCAGUUCCUGGACUGCGUGUACCAGUUGCACAGACAAAAUCCAUCGAAGUUUGAAUUCAACGAGCGUUUUUUGAGACGUCUGGUAUACCACUUAUAUUCCUGCCAAUAUGGCACUUUCUUAUUUGACUCAGAGUAUGAGAGGGCCGGUCAUGAAGCCCAGCAUAAAACGAGAAGCGUGUGGGAUUAUUUCAGAUCGAGAACGGCGGAGUUCACCAAUAAUGAGUACAACGCCGUACCCCUCGAUGACGACGACGACUGGAUUUUACCAGAUUUAAAGGACAUUUCAUGGUGGUGGCAGCUUUUCGGUAAGAGAAACGAAGAGAUGAACACGACCACAACAACAUCAAGUCGAUCUUGUUCGGCGGAGGAGCAGAAAAAAUCCGGACUGAAAUUCCCGUCGCUCAAUUUAGACAUUUUUGGUAGAAGAUGA